AUGGACAUGGACGACGCCCUCGCUACGCCCACACUCGCCACCGACGUCAGCAGCGCGCGCCUGCGCCGGUACCAUCGCGAGUGCGCCGUCCGCCUCGAGACGACGCUGCGGCUCUUGCGCGAGGGUCAGGAGCGCGACCGCCGCGCACGGCGCACCCCUUUGGGCGCCGCGCCACGUCGUGACGGGUUGUGGCUGCCCGCCCACAGCGCGCGGCAGUGGAAACUCCUGCGCGAGCGCAGUGACAUUCAGGUGUACCGGCAGCGCGCGACCCGUAGUCGCUUGGCGACGGUGCAGGCGCGCGGAACGGUCCACGGCUCGCUGCACGACGUCAUGAACGGACUGUACGCCGACUCGACGCGCACCGCACGGGUGCUGGAGCGGCUGCUGAGCCCGCGGUCGCUCGACGCGCGCGUGCUCCACGUGGACAAGCGCAGCUCCGAGACGCGCCCGUUCCAGUUCGCAGGCAUUGUGUGGCUGGCGCAGAAGCUCCCGGGGCUCGGCCUCUGUCGUCCGCGCGACUUUGUCUGCUUCAAGAAGAUGGACGUCGUGACCGACGACGUGGGCGACGACAUGGGCUACUUGGUGCUGCACUCGAUUGAGCCGCUCGCGAGCGAUGACGCCGACGCACAGACGCACCCGACCGACGCGACGUGGCCGCCUGCUCCAACGCGCAGUGGCCGCGCGGGUCCGAAGCCCGGUCACAAGUCCAAAGACGUCGUGCGCGGCUUUGUCUCGCUCGCGAUCGUGUUCAAGCGCCUCGCGGACGACCGCGUGGCGAUGUUCGCGCACGGCCAGUUCAACUCUAGCGGCCGCUUGGCGCCCAUUGUGGGCGACCAGUGCAUUGCAGAGUGGCUUACGUCGAUGGCCAAUACGGUGCAAAGCGGCCAGGCCAAGAACCUGUCGGUACUCCUUGCGGGUCAGACGCAGCGAUUGCGUGACGCGGUCAGCGCCCGCCCGCGCUGUGGAGUGUGCGCUCGAGCGCUGUACUUCUGGAACGCCCCGCGCCACUGCCGCGGGUGCUGGAAGCCCUGCUGUCGUACGUGUCGCGUGAUUAAGCCGAUUUUCUGUGCGCACUACCACCCAGAGGGCAUCAGUGCUGCUGGCGGGCCCUGCACAGAGACCUUUUGUCUUGCUUGCGUGUGCGAGGUGAUCCCCUCAGUGGCUACGAUCAACGCGCGCCUGCUCAAGCGUCAGCGGCUGCUUCCGGAGCGCGCGGAGCGACUAGUAUCAGCUGCAGAACUUUCUUCCAUCUCAGCACUGUCGUCACGCGAAUCCGAGAAGCACCAGCAACACCGGUUGAGUGUCAAUACUCGGCCCAAGAAGCGGACCUCCGUGCAAUCAUUGGAAACAGCAGGUCAGGAGGCACCGAGCGAUAAAAGCGGCGCGCUCGAUGCCGCAAGUAUGAUGCUGGAAGUGCUGGAGCACUACCAGGUCCGCCGUGGCAGCGCCGCAUCCGCCAUCUCUGGAAUGUCGUCGUCCAAUGCAGAGAAUUCGCUGCGUUCGUUUACGUCUGCCGAUUUGGGAUCGACUUCGACCAACUACUAUACGUCGUUGCAGCUCGGCCGUUUCCCGUCUGGGAACAGCUUGUUGACGCACAACCAAAGCUUUCACCAGCAAGUACCGGCUUUCGCAACGGUACGCCGAGGCCAAGUGCCUCUGGACUGCCGAAAAUCGACACCUGUUCAAGCGCAGAGCAGCUUUUGGCUCCCGCGUCAGUCGACUCUGGUGAAGAAAGCCAACGAGUCGUCAUCACCUCCACUUGACGAAGAAUACUACCAGCGACUGCUUCAGAACUACCUGCGUCACACCUACAGCAGUCGCAGUUUGGCAAGUGCGCUGUCCCACAGCAGCUACGGCGUCAAAUCGAUGGUCAUUCCCUAG